CUGGCGCCGCCACCGCCCGCCUCGGCACAACAUGGCGAUGCACAACAAGGCGGCGCCGCCGCAGAUCCCGGACACCCGGCGGGAGCUGGCGGAGCUCGUGAAGCGGAAGCAGGAGCUGGCGGAAACACUGGCAAACUUGGAGAGACAGAUCUAUGCUUUUGAGGGAAGCUACCUGGAAGACACUCAGAUGUAUGGCAACAUUAUACGUGGCUGGGAUCGGUAUCUGACCAACCAAAAAAACUCCAAUAGCAAAAACGAUAGAAGGAACCGGAAGUUUAAGGAAGCAGAGCGGCUCUUCAGUAAAUCCUCAGUUACUUCAGCAGCUGCAGUAAGUGCAUUGGCAGGAGUUCAGGACCAGCUCAUUGAAAAGAGGGAGCCAGGAAGUGGGACGGAAAGUGAUACUUCUCCAGACUUCCACAAUCAGGAAAAUGAGCCCAGCCAGGAGGAUCCUGAGGAUCUGGAUGGAUCUGUGCAGGGAGUGAAACCUCAGAAGGCUGCUUCUUCUACUUCCUCAGGGAGUCAUCAUAGCAGCCAUAAAAAACGAAAGAAUAAAAACCGGCACAGGAAUACAGGGACUUCCCUGGUGGCGCAGUGGUGAAGAAUCCGCCUGCCAAUGCAGGAGACACAGGUUCAAUCCCUGGUCUGGGAAGAUCCCACAUGCUGCGGAGCCACUGAGCCUCUGAGCCACAACUACUGAAGCCUGUGCGCCCUAGAGCCCGGGCGCCGCAACUACUGAAGCCCGCGUACCUAGAGCCCGUGUUCCACAGCAGGAGAGACCACUGCAGUGAGAAGCCUGUGCACCUCAAAGAAGAGGAGCCCGCGCUCAGCAACGAGGACCCAGUGCAGCCAAAAAAAAAAAAAAAAAAAGGAA